AUGUCCGGCGGCCUGCUGAAGCCCGAGAAGGACUUCACCAAGGAUGCUGACAAGCUUAUCCCGGAGGCGGAAGAUCUCGCAAAGACCGAUGUCCAGGGAGCAAUCGAUAAGCUGUUGGGUCUGGAGAAGCAAUCCAGACAGGCAUCCGAUCUUGCCACUACAUCGCGACUCCUGAUUGCCAUUGUCACCAUUAGCAAGAACUCCGGCGACUGGAACCUUCUGAACGACCAAGUGCUGCUCCUAUCAAAGAAACAUGCCCAACUCAAGCAGGCCACAACGAAGAUGGUGCAGACGGUGAUGAAAUUCCUGGAUGAGACACCUAGCCUGGAGGUCAAGAUGUCUGUUAUCGAAACUCUGCGCACAGUGACUGAGGGAAAGAUCUUCGUUGAAGUAGAGCGCGCCCGCGUUACCCGCAUCCUUUCAAAUAUCAAGAAGACCCAAGGUGAUCUCACUUCGGCAGCAGACAUCUUGUGUGAGUUGCAGGUGGAGACAUUUGGGUCAAUGACGAGACGGGAAAAGACAGAAUUCAUCCUGGAGCAGGUCUCUUUGUGUAUUGAGCGCGGAGACUGGACCCAAGCUCAGAUUCUCAGCCGCAAGAUCAACAAGCGGUACUUCAACCGCAAGCCGAAGAAGUCAGCUGAGCAGAUCGAGACGCUCAAGAAGGAGGCAGAGGAGCGAGAGAAGACCCGUGGGCCUGAUGAGCCACCUAUGGAGGUGGAUGACGACGUCACAGAUCUCAAGCUUCGUUACUUCGAACAGCAGAUUACCUUGGCCAACCACGAUAACAAAUAUCUCGAGGUUUGCAAGAACUACCGGGAAGUCCUGGACACGGAAGCAGUUGAGAACAACCCGGAGCAUCUGCGUGCCUCACUUGCCCGUAUUGUGUACUACGUUGUCCUGUCUCCCUACGAUAAUGAACAAUCCGACCUCUUGCACCGCAUCAAACAAGACUCGCGGCUGUCACAAGUUCCCGAGGAAUCCCGCUUGCUGAAGCUGUUCACCAUCCCCGAGCUGAUGCGCUGGCCUAUGGUUGCCGAGCAGUUCGGCCCCCACCUGUGCAGCACAGACGUGUUCGACGCCGAGGCGAAGCAGUCUACUGAGAACCAAGCAAACCAGAGGUGGAAAGACCUGCGGAAGCGAGUCAUUGAGCACAAUGUCCGUGUAGUGGCCAAGUACUACACUCGCAUUCAGAUGGGCCGUCUGACCCAGCUUUUGGAUCUGACUGAGGAAGAGACGGAGAAGUACAUUAGUGAUCUGGUCACGUCGAAGACCAUCUACGCUAAGAUUGACCGACCCGCACGGUUGGUCAACUUUGCCAAACCCCGGGAUGCCGAUGAUGUCCUGAACGAGUGGAGCAGCGAUAUGAAGAAUCUGCUGGGUCUGCUCGAGCGGAUCGACCAUCUGAUCACCAAGGAGGAGAUGAUGGCCCGUAUCCAGCCCACUCGCAGCGACAUGGGCAAGGCGCAUUGA